ACAGAAUGAAUGCGUCGAGUGGCCGCUGCGACGUCGGCGCGCUCCCCCGGUGGUGGGCGACCUAGGGUUUCUCCCGUUCCCUCCCUAUCUCGAUCGCUUACGAUUGCCGCAGAUUGUUGCUGAAGGGGGAAAAGAGAAGGCUUUUCUUCUUCAACCUUCUUUUCUCAUGGCCGAGUCUCGGGUGAUAAUUGGUACCUUAGUUUCAUGUCAAAGAAACCUUGUUGCUGGCUGUUUGGCCUCAAAUGUACCAAUUUUUGAAGGAGCUAAUUUUGUUGGUCGCAACAACCUUAAUGUCUCUGACAAGCGAGUUAGUCGCAAACAUAUCAGCUUGCAAGCAUCAUUUGAUGGCUCAGCGGAAGUUGUUGUGGAAGGACCAAAUCCAAUAAUAUUCAGAUGUGGGGGUCAACGAAAGAAGCUCUCCUCCCAAGAGAAAGCGAAGCUUGAUGAUGGUGACAUUAUUGAAUUGAUUCCUGGUCGUUAUAUGUUUAAGUAUGUAAAGGCUGGAACUGAACAUGCAUCAUCUUCAAAAAUAGAUUCAAGUGUCUUAAAAAUAGAAAAAAGACAGUGUGAUGGUGAGACUUCAGUCAUUAAAAGAAAGCGACAAGCUGAUGAAUAUGAAUUUUCUUCAAGUACUUUGCAGGUGUCAAGUUAAAUUACUUUCCAUCUAUUACAUUCUUUCUAGCCUGUUGAUUGUUUUUGCAUGAGCAUAUCUUCUAUAUAUUAUGAAUGGAUAUAUUAUUGAUUCAUGUUUGGUUCUGUUUUUGAUUUCCGGUUGAACUGUACUGUUUACUCCAUUUUUAGGAACGGAAAUGGAGAAUGCUAAGUUGGAAAGGACUUUGUCUCUGUGUCAUGACUUUAAAGACACUGGAUCAAUGAUAGAUAAGUUCUAAAAUAGUAUCUGCAGGCUUGAUGAUGAAUUAGAAGCUUGCAAGGUUAAUUCAGACCACUUUUGUGGACGCCUCCAAUCAGUUCUUUUCCACGGACUGGAAUUAGCAGCUGGGAACCUAUAAUUUCUGUCAUGAUAAGUUUUUCUUUGUAUAGGUGUUUCUAGUACUUAAAUAUUGGUUUGGUAAUUAAAGGACAUAUUAAACAUUGGUCUGGUGGUGGUGUAUUGGACCCACUUACUAAAGGUUGAGGGUUCAAAUUCACACCCAAUAUAUUUUCCUCACUUAUCAAAGGUUGAGGGUUUGAAUCUUCUUCUGAUAUUUUUUUGGAAGGUGUCAGGCUAUCAGCUAGCUUAGCUGGUAAAGAUCCUGACAGUAUAUCGCAAGGUUCUGAACUCAAAUCUCACCUUAAGCACUUACCCUUUGCAACAAAUCAAUAUUACUAGUUCUUUUUCAUGUUUACCAAUUCUUGCAUACUAAUAUGGAACUUUGUGAUGAUUAAGUCCAUAUUUCAAAUAUUUUUGUAGACCAUCUGGAUAAUGCUUGUUAUUUGCUCAAAGUUGAAGUACAGCAUUAUAAGUGAUCCUGAUUCCAGAUUCUCCUAGAAUCAUGCUGAUUGAUUACUCAAAAAGACAACUCCCAAGGCAUUUUAUAGUUACCAGUUGAUUAUUAGAAGACCAAACAAACUUCCCUGUUGUAACACGUAAGGGAACCAUUUGGAUGAGAUUUAGCUGAAGAAGAUGAGUGUUGGUGCCAUAAUAAGGCUGCGUCUUUACCACCUGGUUGACCAGGUUUUUACCCUUGGAAACAGCCCCUCUACUUGGAGAGGUGAGGCUGCAUAUGCUGAGCUCUCUAGAUCUGGCAUUGCAGGAGUCCUGUGCAUUGCAUGCUCAUUUAUUUUUUAAGAAAACAACUCUAACUAGUAUAUGAUUGCAAUUGAAAAAUGCAUUUGAAAUUUGGUGCUGGACAUAUUAAACAAUGGUCUGGUGGUGGUGUAUUGGCCUCACUUACUAAAGGUUGAGGGUUCAAAUUCUCACCCAAUAUAUUUUCCCCACUUAUCAAAGGUUGAGGGUUUGAAUCUUCGUCUGAUAUUUUUUUUUGAAGGUGUCAGGCUAUCAGCCUGCUUAGCUGGUA